AUACCCCCCCACUUCCAUCCUCACCUUCCAACUAUCUUUGUCUCUCUACUUCUCUAUGGAACCCAAAUUGCACCUUUUCUUUUCAGCUCUUUGCUUCUACUUGGUUUCUGCAUAUGGAAACACUCUUCGCACUUACAUUGUUCAGUUGCACCCACAUGGUGUAACCAGUUCUUUGUUUCCUACUAAGUUUCUUUGGCAUCUCUCAUUUCUUGAUCAAACUCUUUCCUCCGAGGAAUACUCUUCGUCUCGUCUUCUUUACUCUUAUGGUUCUGCCAUGGAAGGGUUUGCAGCUCUGUUGACUGAAACCGAGAUAGAGUUAUUGCGAGGUUUGCCUGAUGUUGUUGCAGUCAGACCUGACCAGCUGCUUCAGCUUCAAACUACUUACUCUUACAAGUUCUUGGGACUUAGUUCCACUACAGAUGGUGCUUGGGUUAAAUCCGAAUUCGGUCGUGGAACGAUUAUUGGGGUGCUUGACACAGGUGUUUGGCCCGAGAGUCCUAGUUUCGCUGACCAGGGAAUGCCACCGGUUCCCAAAAGAUGGAAAGGGAUGUGCCAAGAAGGGCAAAACUUCAAGGCCACGAGUUGCAACCGUAAACUCAUCGGCGCUAGGUUCUUUAUAAAAGGUCAUCAUGUUUCCUCAGUGCCACCAUCAGAAAACAUGGUUGAUGAGUACAUAUCACCCAGGGAUUCCUCUGGGCAUGGAACUCAUACAUCAUCCACAGCUGGAGGAGUUUCUGUUCCAAUGGCAAGCGUGCUUGGUAAUGGUGCCGGUGUGGCCCGUGGAAUGGCACCUGGAGCCCACAUUGCAGUGUACAAAGUCUGCUGGUUCAAUGGCUGUUACAGCUCCGAUAUUCUAGCUGCAAUUGAUGUUGCAAUUGUGGAUGGAGUUGAUGUGCUUUCACUCUCUCUAGGUGGCUUCCCAUUGCCACUUUUUGAUGAUAGCAUAGCCAUUGGCAGUUUCCGAGCAGUCGAGCAAGGCAUAUCAGUGAUUUGUGCUGCAGGGAACAAUGGGCCAAUUCAAAGUUCAGUUGCCAAUAUAGCUCCUUGGAUUGCUACCAUUGGUGCUAGCACACUCGAUCGGAAGUUUCCAGCUAUAGUUCGGAUGGGCAAUGGAGAAUAUGUUUAUGGCGAGUCUUUGUUCCCUGGGAAGAGUUUACCGAUUGCCGAAAAGGAACUUGAACUGGUCUAUGUCACUGGUGGGAACAGUGGAAGUGAAUUUUGCUUUAGAGGGUCUCUUCCAAAAGAAAAAGUUAGAGGCAAAAUGGUUGUUUGUGACAGAGGUGUGAAUGGAAGAGCAGAAAAAGGUGUAGCUGUCAAAGAAGCUGGUGGUGCUGCCAUGAUAUUAGCCAAUACAGAGAUAAACCUCGAGGAAGACUCGGUUGAUGCUCAGGUCUUACCGGCAACAGAGAUCGGUUAUGCAGAGGCAGUACGUCUAAAAACUUACAUGAACACCACCAGUCAUCCUAGAGCUAGAAUCGUAUUCGGUGGAACUGUCAUAGGAAGGUCGCGAGCACCGGAAGUAGCACAAUUUUCAGCCAGAGGACCCAAUCUAUAUGAUUCUACAAUCCUCAAACCAGAUGUGAUUGCUCCAGGGGUUAAUAUCAUUGCUGCUUGGCCUCAAAACUUAGGUCCCACUGGCCUUCCAGAAGAUACUAGAAGAGUUAAUUUCACUGUCAUGUCGGGUACUUCCAUGGCAUGCCCUCAUGUUAGUGGAAUUGCAGCUUUGAUUCACUCAGCUCACCCAGGGUGGACCCCAGCAGCCAUUAAAUCUGCAAUAAUGACAUCUGCUGAUGCAAGUGACCAUAGGGGAAAACCAAUUAUGGAUGGAAGCAAACCAGCAGCUGUUUUUGCCAUUGGAGCAGGACAUGUAAACCCUAAUAGAGCCAUUGACCCUGGAUUGAUCUAUGAUAUCAAGCCAGAUGAGUAUGUCAUUCAUCUUUGCACCCUCGGAUACACAAGAUCAGAAAUCUUUACAAUCACACACAGGAAUAUCAGUUGCAGUGAGAUGUUAAAGAUGAACAGGGGUUUCAGCCUCAACUACCCCUCUAUUUCUGUAGCUUUCAAGCAUGGGGUGAAGAGUAAGAUGAUCACAAGGAGACUAACAAAUGUGGGGAAUCCUAAUUCUGUGUAUUCAGUGCAAGUGAAGCCUCCUGAGGGAGUCAAAGUGAGGGUCAAACCUAGAAGGCUAAUAUUCAAGCAUAUCAAUCAAAGUUUGAGUUACAGAAUAUGGGUAAUAUCAAGGAAGAAAACUCAAACAAAGAAGAUAAGCUAUGCAGAAGGGCAGUUGACAUGGAUGAAUGCUCGCAAUAGCUUCCACAGGGUUCGAAGCCCGAUUUCAGUCACUUGGAAGUAGUAGCAGCUUAGCCACCUACCUUUUUUCUUUCUAGUUCUUAUUUUAAUGUCUCAUUGGAAUAGCUUUAAAAAAGCAUGGUUUAUCUAUAUUUGAGUUGAGCAUAUACCAUGUUUUAAGUGAGAUUCAAACAGUACUGCCAAAAGCUCUUCAUCAUCAAAAUGAAGAGUGAAGCAAUAAUAACAACUGCUGUUUAAAAUACAUAAAUUGGGCUUUCAAGCUCUGCAUUAUUUGCUAUAG